AUGGCGGCGCAACGUAGGGAAAAAUCCGGUUUGAACCAAUCGAUAUUGUGGUCAGGAUUCAAGGUUUCCGGCGGGAAACUGGGUGGUUUGGGUUCGGGGCUUCGAGAGGAGUCGAUCGGGACCGGUCUCGUCGGAAGGGGUAGCCGGACGUGGCAGCGGUGCAGUGGUUUCCGUCUCAGUGAACAGUAA